CAGGCUGUGACAUCACAGAGCCCCCACCUCUGUCACAGGAGGGGAGCCAUGAGGCUGUGGCUGUGGGCCUGUCUGCUGGGGCUGGGGGCCAUAGAAACAGCACCCAGCCCGGAGAGGGCCAACACCUUGCCCGGGAGAGCAGAGUCUGUGCUCUUCAUGGACAGACCUGACUUCUUUGAUUACCCAGACUCAGACCAAACCAGGCUCCUGGCCGUGGCCCAGUUUAUUGGAGAAAAACCCAUCAUCUUUGUUAACUCAGGAUCCAAUUCUGAGUUCUUCCAUCGCAUCCUGGUGGGUGCUCUGGUAGUGGCCUUCCUCUUCCUCCUUUUCCAGUUCUGCACACACAUGAGCUUCCAAAAAGGGGCCUAAAGAGCUGGACAAGGGCCUUGGACUCUGCCCUGAGUACCCAAACCUACUCUCCUUCCCUGCUGAUGAAUAAAAGUCUGCUUUUUUCUUCCCUGA